CCUCUCUACAGUAUAUGGCUUCCUCUAUUGAACUCUUCUUUUUCUCCUCUCUCCUAUUCAGUACUUGUAUUUCUUACGCUCAACCCUCGUUCCAACCAAAAGCCCUUGUUCUUCCAGUCUCCAAAGACACUUCUACCCUCCAAUAUGUCACCAAGAUGAGUCAACGAACCCCUCUCGUCCCAGUAAACCUUGUCAUCGAUCUCGGAGGCAGAUUCUCUUGGGUAGACUGUGAAACCAACUAUGUCUCCUCCUCAUACCGACCCGCUCGGUGCCGCUCUGCCCAAUGCUACUUGGCUGAGUCCAAAGUGUGCGGUGAAUGCCACUCAGCUGGUCCACCCAGGCCAGGAUGCAGCAACAACACAUGCAUUCUCUCUCCAGGAAACAACGUCACUCGCACCUCCACCGACUCUGAGGUCGGCCAAGACAUCGUGUCCGUCCAAUCAACCAACGGCCUCAAUCCCGGUCCCACCGUCACAGUGUCCAGAUUCAUUUUCUCUUGUGCACCGAGCUUCCUCCUAAAAGGCCUAGCUAAUGGUGUCAAGGGGAUGACAGGACUCGGGCGUUCCAAAAUCGAUCUCCUCUCUCAGUUUGCUUCGGCCUUUAACUUCAGCAGAAAAUUCGCCAUUUGUUUAGCUUCCUCUUCAACAUCUAACGGUGUUAUGUUCUUCGGUGACGGUCCAUACAGGUUGGUUCCUAACAUUGACGCUUCUCGGUCGCUCACAUACACACCACUCUUAGUCAACUCGGUAAGCACGGCCUUGACCUACUUCUUGGGCGAGCCCUCGGUCGAGUAUUUUAUAGAGGUAAAGUCCAUCAAGAUGGGCAACAAAGUGGUGCCGUUAAACAAGUCAUUGCUGUUGAUUGAUGAAGAAGGCUACGGAGGAACGAAGAUCAGCACCAUUGAUCCUUACACGGUCAUGGAGACUUCGAUAUACGAAGCAUUCACCGAGACAUUUAUCAGUGAGGCUGCCGCUAGAAACAUGACUAGAGUAGCAUCUGUAGCACCGUUUAAAGUGUGUUUUAGCUCCAAGAAUGUUGUUAGGACUCGAGUUGGGCCGUCUGUGCCGUACAUUCAUCUGGUUUUGCAGAGUGAUAGUGUGGUGUGGACGAUCAGUGGUGCAAACUCGAUGGUUGGAGUGAGUGAGAAUGUGCUGUGCCUUGGAUUUGUUGAUGGAGGGUUGAACCCGAGGACGUCUAUUGUGAUCGGAGGGCACCAAGUAGAGGACAACCUUCUACAGUUUGAUCUGGAAAAGUCGCGGCUAGGGUUCAGCUCUACCCUCUUGUCCAGGCAAACUACGUGUUCCAACUUCAACUUCACAUCUAGCAUCGUGGCAUAAUCUCUCCUCUCUCCAAAGGAGUCCCGUGUUCAAGGUCAAAAAUCAUAUAUAUUUGGACAUGAACCAGUUAAUUGCAAAAUUUGUUUUCGAGUUACUUAUCUUAUCAAAUACUAUGUAUUUGUAUAUUUGGAACUGUUUAAUAAAGAUGACCAUGUUUGUAUUGUUA